AUGGAGCACGUCGAUACCCAGGACUAUGGAAACAGUCCUUGGUCCAUGGUAGAUGUCGCACCUGACUUGGCAUAUAUGGGCGACGAUCAAAUUCUUGACAACGGCCUAGAUUUACAAGGCUUUGACUGUUCCAGUAUUGUAGCGAACACUGAUCACAACGGUCUCUCUCGCUCCAGCUUAACAGCAUCAACUCGGAUCGGCCAGUCACCACUUACCGUCUUGGCUAGCGACUAUUCCUCAUCUAGCCAUGCUACGGGAGAGUGCAUGCGGGCUGACAAUCGUCUGGGGGAAGCCGCUGGGAUGGAGUCGUAUCCAACCCCCGCGUCAGAACCCUUUCAUACUCCGAAGUCAGCGAACCGUGUACUAAAAGCUAAGCCUCGUAAAGUCAGGAAAGGAAAAGCCACUCGAGAAGAUAGAAACGUGCCAACGUCCAAACUCCCGGCCUUGGCACGGCGUAAUCCGUCACCAUCGAACGAAGCUGGCUCUGUUCGAAUGGAUCUCCUCAGGUGUCUGAUAGGUGGAGUGAGUGAUGUCAUUGACGAUGAGACGUUGCGUACGAUCCAUGAAAUAGGCGAUCAGAUAGUCAGUGACACUUGUGUCAUUCUCAAUACCUGGAGUGAGUGGUUGUCACGAGAGUUUCAACCAGUAUUACUUCCUCCUUAUCACAGCCUUUCCACAGUGGAGAAAUGCGUCGCUGCGUCUCGAGUAUUGGUGGAACCCAAAGAUGGCAGCCAUGGCAAAUCCAUACAUCGUCGUCUAGCACAAAUCUUUCUUCACAUAUUCGUUCCGUUAUACGCGAAAGAAUUGGAAGAGAGAGAGAGAAAUGGUGAAACGUUUCAGCGUAACGGUCGCAGACCGAUUACGAUGGCCCAUGACGUGAUAGUGGAAAGUGUCGGCAGCGACUUGGAAAGGUGGAAUCGUGAUCGAGUCGUAAACAGCAAAAAUUAUGGCAAGCGAUGGUGGCGACUAGGAAGUGGCAUUGGAAUCAUUACUGCACUGACAUGCGCAUUAGAUUCGGUGAUGGGCGACAUGUGA